CCGAAUUUUAUCUGGCUGACUCGGAGCAAGAAAUCCGUACUCAACAUGACAGGACGAGGCAAGGGCGGAAAGGGGCUCGGAAAGGGUGGCGCCAAGCGUCAUCGCAAGGUGUUGCGUGAUAACAUCCAGGGUAUCACCAAGCCUGCAAUCCGUCGUCUUGCUCGCCGUGGAGGUGUCAAGCGUAUCUCUGGUCUCAUCUACGAAGAAACCCGUGGUGUCCUCAAGGUGUUCCUCGAGAACGUGAUCCGUGACGCCGUCACCUACACCGAGCACGCCAAGAGGAAGACCGUCACCGCCAUGGACGUCGUGUACGCCCUCAAGCGCCAGGGACGCACCCUGUACGGUUUCGGAGGUUAAACGUUUUCACCGUCAACUAUUACCACCAAAACAAACAACCCCCACCAAACCAAAAACCUUGGACCUAUCUUAGGUCCUACAAA